GAGAAGGCGGCGGUGCUGGGACUACGUCAGCCGCGGGAAAUCCCCUCACCUCCGGGCUGCCCGCCCCUGGCCGGCCCGUGGCUCUGGCGGCGCUCCGCCCCCUGUCCCUGGCUCCUGCACCUAGGAAGGGGGACGCUGGGUGAUCGGAACGCGAGAAUUAAGGGGGUGGGAAGGUGUGAGCCGCAAACCCCGAGGAGGGCGGGAAGGAGGAGGAGGUCCCGAGGGUGGUCAGGGGAACUGGGGGUCUCUUCGGCAGAAUCCCUCGGCCGCCGGACCGGCGCUAGCUGAUCGCGGAGGUCUCGGGUCUGUACGCUUGGAGCGGGCGGCGCGGUGAGCGGAGCCAUGGCGUCCGGUGGGUAUAACCCAUGUAUAGAGAUAAUUGAACAGCCCAGGCAAAGGGGAAUGCGUUUUAGAUACAAGUGUGAAGGGCGAUCAGCAGGCAGCAUUCCAGGGGAGCACAGCACAGACAACAACCGAACGUACCCAUCUAUCCAGAUUAUGAACUAUUAUGGAAAGGGAAAAGUGAGAAUUACAUUAGUAACAAAGAACGACCCAUAUAAACCUCAUCCUCAUGAUUUAGUAGGAAAAGACUGCAGAGAUGGCUACUAUGAAGCAGAGUUUGGACAAGAACGCAGACCCUUGUUUUUUCAAAAUUUGGGCAUCCGAUGUGUAAAGAAAAAAGAAGUAAAAGAAGCUAUUAUAUCAAGAAUAAGGGCAGGAAUCAACCCUUUCAAUGUUCCUGAACAACAACUGCUUGAUAUUGAAGAUUGUGACCUCAAUGUGGUGAGAUUAUGUUUUCAAGUUUUCCUGCCUGAUGAACAUGGUAAUUUGACAACUGCUCUACCUCCUGUUGUCUCUAACCCAAUAUAUGACAACCGUGCUCCAAAUACUGCAGAAUUAAGGAUUUGUCGUGUAAACAAGAACUGUGGAAGUGUCAGAGGAGGAGAUGAAAUAUUUCUACUAUGUGAUAAAGUUCAGAAAGAUGACAUAGAAGUUCGGUUUGUGUUGAACGAUUGGGAAGCAAAAGGUAUCUUUUCACAAGCUGAUGUUCACCGUCAAGUAGCCAUUGUUUUUAAGACCCCACCGUAUUGCAGAGAUAUAACAGAACCAGUAACAGUAAAAAUGCAGUUGCGGAGACCUUCUGACCAGGAAGUUAGUGAAUCUAUGGAUUUCAGAUAUCUGCCAGAUGAGAAAGAUACUUAUGGCAAUAAAGCAAAGAAACAAAAAACAACUCUACUUUUCCAGAAACUGUGGCAAGAUUGUGUUAAUUUUCCUGAAAGACCUAGACAUGGUCUAGGAUCAACUGGAGAAGGAAGAUUCAUCAAAAAAGAAUCAAACUUUUCUCAUGGUGCAGUUUUGACAGAUAUGCCCAGGACCUCAGGUAUUUCAAGUCAAGCAGAUUCUUACUUCUCCUCGUCUGUGUCCAUCUCAAGUACGUUGUCACAUCAUACUUCCACUCUGCCUGCAAUGGUGUCUCAGCCUUCAAGCUGGUCUUCAGGGGCCCACCCCACCUCACACUCAGUCAAUUCAAAUCCACUGAGUAGUUUUUCAACAGGGACACUUUCCUCUAAUUCACAAGGUAUCUCAUCGUAUCUGGAAAUGCCUCUUGUGAGUGAUUUGAAUGCCUCUAACGCUUGCAUUUAUAACAAUACUAAUGACAUAGGCAGAAUGGAAGCAUCAUCCAUGUCAUCCGCUGAUUUAUAUGGUAUUUCUGAUGCCAACAUGCUACCGAAUUGCCCUGUGAAUAUGAAUGACAACAUGAGGGAGUCUGAUAAUCCAAGACUUGUGAGCAUGAAUCUUGAAAACCCCUCAUGUAAUUCAGUGUUAGACCCGAGAGACUUGAGACAGCUCCAUCAGAUGUCCUCUUCCAGUAUGUCAGCAGGCGCCGGUUCCAGUACUGCUGCUUUUGUUUCACAGUCCGAGGCGUUUGAGGGAUCUGACUUCAGUUGUACAGAUAACAGUAUGAUAAAUGAGUCAGGGCCAUCAAACGGUACUAAUCCAAACAGUCAUGGCUUUGUUCAUAGUCAGUAUUCGGGUAUUGGCGCUAUGCAGAAUGAGCAAUUGAGCGACUCCUUUGCGUUUGAAUAUUUUUAAGGUAACCUGUGCAAUUUAAAUGGUUACUGAAGAUUUAAAUCCUUUGAAAUGUUUGUAACCAUUUUGAUGUUACCUAUAUAGAUACAGUAUUUUAUAUUUCUCUAACUGAGACUAUAACAUAGGGUUUUGUUUUGUUUUGUUUUUCAUUUAAGAGAUGCCAGUUCAAAACUUUUUUAUCAGAGAGAAGUAUAAAGCUUUGGGUAUGUAGGGCAUUCCUCUAACAGGCAGUCUUGGCUGUGGAGCUCCUUGUUUAGCUGGCAGAGAAUUUGUCAGGAUAUAAUGAAAGAUGAAUCUUCAGUGCUGAAGCUACAGCUUGGAAGAGAGGGAUGAACUCAUUUCCUAACCUCAGGAAGAGGAGGAAGAAAUGCAGCAUUUACAGAAAGAAGACUUCUGCUUCAGUAGAUAAAUCCACAGACUGCACUCUAGGCUCGGAGGCCCCGUAGAAUCUGACAUCCACUGAAGGUUUAUUAAACUAGCACAUACUUCAGCAUAGGUUAAAUCAUUAUUUGACCAUAAGAAGUGUAUAAUGAAUUUGUGACAUGUUAAAUAUUGAGUAAAACCAAUAAUCCCUCCCCCACACACACACACACACAACUUUGGGUAUACUGAAUAUAAAGCUAGAAAGUACCAUAAAAGGAAAAUCUGGAAUAGAAAU